CGACCGCUCCUCACGUGACGCUGGGAAUCGGAAGUUUACCCAGAAGCCCGCGCUUCUCUUUGAGGUCAAGAUGGCGGCGAGGGCACCAGCUUCAGCGAGUGGUCGACUGUUAGAAGGCCUUCGCAAAUGGUAUUACAAUGCAGCUGGAUUCAACAAACUUGGAUUAAUGCGAGAUGAUACCAUAUAUGAAAAUGAUGAUGUAAAAGUAGCACUGAAGAGGCUUCCAGAAAAUCUUUAUAAUGAACGACUAUUUCGCAUCAAGAGAGCCCUUGAUUUGAGUAUGAGACAACAAAUUCUUCCUGAAGAACAGUGGGUGAAAUAUGAAGAGGAUAAAAAGUAUCUCGAACCAUACCUGAAAGAGGUAAUCCGUGAACGACUUGAAAGAGAAGAGUGGGACAAGAAGUAACUGCUGGAGAGAUGCUUCAUGCAAACUGCUGCAUUUCUUUCUAACAAAUAUUUUAGUGUUAUGAUAAAAAUCUGAGGCUGAAGAAACACUUUGUUCACUGAAUUUGUCAUCCUACUAAAAUAAACACGUUGAAGUACAAAA